CAUUGUCUUCUCUUUUAUUCCUCUUGAAACUUCUCUGCUAUCUUCUUCUCUCUCUAGAAAGGAAGGAUGAGAAAACCUUGUUGUGACAAGCAGGACACAAACAAAGGGGCAUGGUCGAAGCAAGAAGACCAGAAGCUCAUCGACUACAUUCGCAAGCACGGCGAAGGAUGUUGGCGAACUCUUCCUAAGGCUGCCGGUCUACUUCGUUGCGGGAAGAGUUGCAGGCUAAGAUGGAUAAACUAUUUGCGGCCUGACCUCAAAAGAGGCAACUUUGCUGAGGAUGAAGAGGAUCUUAUCAUCAAGCUUCAUGCUCUUCUGGGCAACCGAUGGUCGCUAAUUGCUGGGAGAUUGCCUGGACGGACAGACAAUGAAGUGAAGAACUAUUGGAACUCACAUUUGAGGAGGAAACUAAUAAACAUGGGCAUCGAUCCUAACAAUCACCGGCUAAACCAGACUCCACCUCGCCUUGAAAGCUCGAACAAUAUCUCCAUUAGCGCGACUUCUUCUGGAUUGAAGACUCGCCUAAGUCCGCAGCAAAAAUACUGUGGUGGCGACAAAGACCAGGUUUCAGACGCUGGGAGUUGUCUGGAAGAUGAACCUAGCAGGUUGCCAGACUUGAACCUUGACCUAACAAUUAGCAUUCCGUCUCCUUCGCCUGCAAAGAUUGAGAAAGUGCGAAACCCUAGUUCUUAUAAGCAUGACAUGUCAAGGGACUCGGAAAUUGCUCCAUCAUCGACUCUGGUUCUCUUCAGAUAACCAAUUGGGCACACCAAUUAAUCAUUAGGCAGAUUAGAUUGAGCAGGCCCCUGAUGAAUAUUUGAAAAUUAGGGCAACCUAGCCGAGGUGAUUCUAUGACAAUAUACGGGAUGGCGUUUCCCGAUACAUAUCAUUUUGUGAAGUCUAAAUCAAUUAGCAAGGAUUGAUAUGAUUCAUCAAGCUUAAUUUGAUGAACUAUAUAAAGAAGCAAUGAGCUCGAGCCUAUCGAGAGUUGAAUCUUAUUGGCCCACUUCCGUAGAGAAUUGUUCAAUAUAAUCUCUGGAGUGGAACGGGCUUAAAUGAUGUAUUGCCGAGAAGGAUAGGGGGAUUAAGAGGAGAUUGGUGGGAGCUUGCCGUUGUAAAUUUAAUCAGCUAAAUAGAUAGGUAGAUUCAAUUCUGUUAACAUACAUGUACUCGAGAUCUGCCAUAGACAUAUAUAUUUAUUGUUGAAAUGUAUCAUGAUCAGCUAAUGACCGAAUUUAUAUGGUCCUUAAAGUUUCUGUGUUUGAAA